AUGCAUGCCUCAUCACCAACAUUAUCAGCUGGAACAGGCCACGUAGGCCUGGCCCGCAGUAAACACUUGUUUCAGGGACACCACUGCUCGAUCGACUGUUACGCCUUGUACCUUAUGAACUGUACAGGCCCACGCAAGUUUAAGGGGGAACUGUCGCCGCUUCUCGCCUCGUUUGUUGGCUUGCUCUUCUUCUGGCUCUAUGCGGGUAGAACCAGUCAGGUCUGCAGGGCCAAGUCUGGAAUGGGGUCUUGCUCAUGCUCAGAGCCCAUCGCCUCUAACAUCUCCCUGUACUCCUCCCUCGUCUCCAACCUCUCCGCCUCCUGCUCCGGGCAGAGCAAGCCCCAUGCAUCCUCCAAGAUGUCAUCGUCCAGUUGA